GCCAUUGUGAUUUGUUCCUGCCCAACCUUAACUGAGCAAUUAACCUUGUGAAAUUCCUUCUCCUGGCUCAAAACCUCCCCCACUGAGCACCUUGUCACCCGCGCCCCUGCCGGUAAGAGAAAACCCCCUUUGAUUGUAAUUUUCCACUACCCACCCAAAUCCUAUAAAAUGGCCCCACACCUAUCUCCCUUCACUGACUCCUUUUUCAGACUCAGCCCACCUGCACCCAGGUGAAAUAAACAGCUUUGUUGCUCACACGAAGCCUGUUUGGUGGACUCUCUUCACACGGACGCGUGUGACAUUUGGUGCCGAAACCCGGGACAGGAGAACUCCUUUGGGAGACCAGUCCCCUGUCCUUGCCCUCACUCUGUGAGGACAUCCACCUAUGACCUUGGGUCCUCAGACCAACCAGCCCAAGGAACAUCUCACCAGUUUCAAAUCAGGUAAGCAGUCUUUUCACUCUCUUCUCCAGCCUCUCUUGCUACCCUUCAUCUCCCUGUCCUUCCAAUUCCACUUCUUUUUCCUCUCUAGUAGAGACAAAGGAGACACAUUUUAUCCAUGGACCCAAAACUCCAGCGCCGAUCACAGACUCGGGAAGACAGUCUUCCCUUGGUAUUUAAUCACUGUGGGGAUGCCUGCCUGAUUAUUCACCCAUGCUCCACUGGUGUCUGAUCACCGUGGGGACGCCUGCCUUGGUCACUCACCCACAUUCCCUUGGUGGCAAAUCAACUGCAGGGACGCCUGCUUUGGCUCCUCACCUACCCCCUUCUCCAUGUCUCUACCUUUCUCUAAACUUACCUCCUUCACUAUGGGCAACCUUCCACCCUCCAUUCCCCCUUCUUCACCCUUAACCUGUGUUCUUAAAAACCUAAAACCUCUUCAACUCACACCUGACCUAAAACCUAAAUGCUUAUUUUCUUCUGCAACACCACUUAGCCCCAAUACAAACUUGAUAAUGGCUCUAAAUGGCCAGAAAAUGGUACUUUCAAUUUCUCCAUCCUACAAGAUCUAGAUAAUUUUUAUCAAAAAAUGGGCAAAUGGUCUGAGAUGCCUGAUGUCCAGGCAUUCUUUUCCACGUUGGUCCCUCCCUAGUCUCUGCUCCCAAUGUGACUCAUCCCAAAUCUUUCUUCUUUCUCUCCUGUCUGUUCCUUCAGUCUCCACCCCAAGCUCUGAGUCCUCUGAAUCCUCCUUUUCUACAGACCCAUCUGACCUUCUCCCCAGGCUGCUCCGAGCCAGGCUGAGCCACAUCCCAAUUCUUCCUCAGCCUUUGCUCCCCGACCCUAUAAUCCUUUUAUCACCUCCCUUCCUCACACCCAGUCCGGCUUACAGUUUCGUUCCGUGAUUAGCCCUCCCCCACCUGCCCAACAAUUUCCUCUUAAAGAGGUGGCUGGAGCUGAAGGCAUAGUCAAGGUUAAUGCUCCUUUUUCUUUAUCCGACCUCUCCCAAAUCAGCAUUUAGGCUCUUUUUCAUCAAAUAUAAAAACCCAGCCCAGUUCAUGGCCCUUUUGGCAACAACCCUUAGAUGCUUUACAGCUGUAGACCCUGAAGGGUCAGAAGGCCGUCUUAUUCUCAAUAUGCAUUUUAUUACCCAGUCUGCUCCCAACAUUAAAUAAAGCUCCAAAAAUUAAAUUCCGGCCCUCAAACCCCACAACAGGACUUAAUUAACCUCACCUUCAAGGUGUACAAUAAUAGACUAAAGGCAGCCAAGUAGCAACGUAUUUGAGAUGCAAUUCCUUGCCUCCACUGUGAGAGAAACCCCAGCCACGUCUCCAGCACACAAGAACUUAAAAAUGCCUGAACCGCAGUGGCCAGGCAUUCCUCCAGGACCACCUCCCCCAGGAUCUUGCUUCAAGUGCUGGAAAUCUGGCCAUUGGGACAAGGAAUGCCUGCAGCCUGGGAUUCCUCCUAAGCCAUGUCCCAUCUGUGCAGGACACCGCUGGAAAUCAGAUUGUACAACUCACCCAGCAGCCACUCCCAGAGUCCCUGGAACUCUGGUCCAAGGCUCUCUGACUCCUUCCCAGAUCUUCUCGACUGAAGACUGAUGCUGCCCGAUUGCCUCAGAAGCCCCCCGGACAAUCACGGACACCGAACUUCAGAUACAUCCUGAGAAGGAUCCUACCCAGUCAUUUUAUCUACCCCAACUGCGGUUAAAGUGGCUGGAGUUGAGUCAUGGAUACAUCACACUCGAGUCAAACCCUGGAUACAGCCAAAGGAACCUGAAAAUCCAGGAGACAACGCUAGCUAUUCCUGUGAACCUCUAGAGGAUUUGCGCCUGCUCUUCAAACGACAACCAGGAGGAAAGUAACUAAAAUCGUAAAUCCCCAUGGCCCUCCCUUAUCAUAUUUUUCUCUUUACUGUUCUCUUACCCCCUUUCACUCUCACUGCACCCCCUCCAUGCCGCUGUACGACCAGUAGCUCCCCUUACCAAGAGUUUCUAUGGAGAAUGCAGCGUCCUGGAAAUAUUGAUGCCCCAUCGUAUAGGAGUUUAUCUAAGGGAACCCCCACCUUCACUGCCCACACCCAUACGCCCCGCAACUGUUAUAAUGCUGCCACUCUUUGCAUGCAAUCAAAUACUCACUAUUGGACAGGAAAAAUGAUUAAUCCUAGUUGUCCUGGAGGACUUGGAGCCACUGUCUGUUGGACUUACUUCACCCAUACCAGUAUGUCUGAUGGGAGUGGAGUUCAAGAUCAGGCAAGAGAGAAACACAUAGAAGAAGUAAUCUCCCAACUGACCCGGGUACAUAGCACCUCUAGCCCCUACAGAGGACUAGAUCUCUCAAAACUACAUGAAACCCUCCGUAUCCAUACUCGCCUGGUAAGCCUAUUUAAUACCACCCUCCUUGGGCUCCAUGAGGUCUCGGCCCAAAACCCUACCAACUGUUGGAUGUGCCUCCCCCUGCACUUCAGGCCAUACAUUUCAAUCCCUGUACCUGAACAAUGGAACAACUUCAGCACAGAAAUAAACACCACUUCUGUUUUAGUAGGACCUCUUGUUUCCAACCUGGAAAUAACCCGUACCUCAAACCUCACCUGUGUAAAUUUUAGCAGUACUAUAGACACAACCAACUCCCAAUGCAUCAGGUGGGUAACUCCUCCCACACGAAUAGUCUGCCUACCCUCAGGAAUAUUUUUUGUCUGUGGUACCUCAGCCUAUCAUUGUUUGAAUGGCUCUUCAGAAUCUAUGUGCUUCCUCUCAUUCUUAGUGCCACCUAUGACCAUCUACACUGAACAAGAUUUAUACAAUUAUGUCAUACAUAAGCCCCGCAACAAGAGAGUACCCAUUCUUCCUUUUGUUAUCAGAGCAGGAGUGCUAGGUGGACUAGGUACUGGCAUUGGCGGUAUCACAACCUCUACUCAGUUCUACUACAAACUAUCUCAAGAACUAAAUGGUGACAUGGAACGGGUUGCCGACUCCCUGGUCACCUUGCAAGAUCAACUUAACUCCCUAGCAGCAGUAGUCCUUCAAAAUCAAAGAGCUUUAGACUUGCUAACUGCCGAAAGAGGGGGAACCUGUUUAUUUUUAGGGGAAGAAUGCUGUUAUUAUGUUAAUCAAUCUGGAAUCAUCAGUGAGAAAGUUAAAGAAAUUAAAGAUCGAAUACAACGUAGAGCAAAGGAGCUUCAAAACACUGGACCCUGGGGCCUCCUCAAUCAAUGGAUACCCCGGAUUCUCCCCUUCUUAGGACUUCUAGCAGCUAUAAUAUUGCUACUCCUCUUUGGACCCUGUAUCUUUAACCUCCUUGUUAAGUUUGUCUCUUCUAGAAUCAAAGCUAUAAAACUACAAAUGGAGCCCCAGAUGCAGUCCAUGACUUAAGUUCUACCGCAGACCCCUGGACCGGCCUGCUAGCCCAUGAUCCGAUGUUAAUGACAUCAAAGGCACCCCUCCUGAGGAAAUCUCAACUGCACAACCCCUACUACGCCCCAAUUCAGCAGGAAGCAGUUAG